CUUCCCUUUGUUCCCUCAACAACCUUUUUCACUCAAUACAUAUAUUGGAAAAAUGAAGUCACCAACCCAAUUUUUAUUUCAACAAAAGCAUAUACUCCUAAAAUUGCUUAUAUUCAUAUUCUGCAUUUGUUCAAUCAAUAGAAAUAACAUCUGUUGUAAUCAACAUUUUGCCACCCCUUCAAGUUUCUCACCAUCAUUGAAGCAGUUAAAACUUGAAGGGUACCUUAGUUUUGAAGAACUAAAUUAUGCAGCCAAAGACUUUGGCAAUAGAUGCCACUUCUUUCCAUUAGCAAUUUUAUAUCCAAAAUCAGUUCUUGAUAUCUCUUCCACCAUAAAACAUGUCUUCGAAAUCGGUGCUAUAACAGACUUAACUGUUGCUGCUAGAGGCCAUGGCCAUUCUUUAGAAGGCCAAGCUCAAGCUUAUCAAGGACUAGUGAUUAAUAUGGAAUCACUUCAAGAACCAGCAAUGAAGUUCAACAUUGAGGAAUUGUCUUAUGUUGAUGUUUCUGCUGGAGAGCUUUGGAUAAAUAUCUUGCAUGAAAGUCUUAAACUUGGGCUUGCUCCUAAAUCUUGGACUGAUUAUCUUCACCUCACAGUUGGUGGUACUUUGUCUAAUGCGGGAAUCAGUGGACAAGCUUUCAAGCACGGACCGCAGAUCAAUAAUGUCUACCAACUCGAGGUUGUCACUGGUAAAGGAGAGGUGAUUACUUGUUCAGAGGAGCAAAAUGCAGACUUGUUCCAUGGUGUUUUAGGAGGACUAGGGCAGUUUGGUAUUAUUACCAGAGCAAGAAUUGCUCUUGAAACAGCACCAAAGCAGGUCAAGUGGAUCAGAGUGUUGUAUUCAGAUUUUGCUACAUUUUCAAAUGAUCAAGAGGACUUGAUCUCAUCUCAAGAUACAUUUGAUUAUAUUGAAGGAUUUGUCAUUAUUAAUAACCCUGGAUUAUUGAAUAACUGGAGGUCUACUUUCCAUCCUAAAGAUCCACUUCUAGCUAGCAAUUUCAGUUCAGCAGGUAGAGUUUUAUUCUGCCUAGAAGUUGCCAAAUACUUCAAUCCAGAAGACACCGAUAGUACUGAUAAGAACAUUGAUAUCCUCUUAUCAAAGUUGAAUUAUAUCCAAUCCACGGUGUUCCUAUCAGAAGUUUCUUACGUUGAAUUCCUCGAUAGAGUGCAUGUCUCCGAGAUGAAACUACAAGAAAAAGGAUUGUGGGAUGUUCCUCAUCCAUGGCUAAAUCUUCUAAUACCAAAAAGCAGGAUUCUUGAAUUUGCACAAGAAGUUUUUGGGAAGAUUCUUACUGAUACAAGCAAUGGUCCUAUACUCAUCUACCCUGUCAACAAAUCAAAGUGGAGGAAAGGAACAUCGAUGGUUACACCUGAUGAAGACUUUUUUUACCUCAUCGCAUUCCUAUCUUCUGCCACACCAUCAUCAACAGGAAAAGAUGGACUAGAACAUAUUGUAGAUCAGAACAAGAGGAUACUAAGUUUUUGUGAAAAAAGGCGUAAUGGAAUGAAACAGUAUUUACCAAAUCACAAGACUCAAGAAGAGUGGAAACAUCAUUUUGGUCCUCAAUGGGAACUUUUUGCCAGGAGGAAAUCCAUGUAUGAUCCUUUGGCUAUACUUGCUCCAGGCCAGAGGAUUUUCAGAAGGGCAGCAGCCUGUGAACAACAAUAACAUCCUGCUCCAAAGUAUAAGGGCUGCAUACAAUAGAUUCUUAUGAUCCGGCCUUUCCCUGGAUCCCAUGCAUAGCCGAAACUUUAGCGUCAAUGGACAAAUGUACAUUCUUAAGCAGGCGGGGCAGGUUAAUUUUGAGGUUUAAGUCCCGCCCCGCCCCACUAUCAUCCCUAUACUUUAUGUUAUGAAAAUCUGGGUAUUAGGUGACAUUUUAUGGUGAUAAACAAGUGUACAUUCUUAAGAGUUUUAUCGUUAUUUCUGUUCUAUCAGGUUGUAGAUUGCUAUAACAAAAUGAGAUGCAGUUUGUUUUAGAUAUUUCAUUAAUUUCAUGCAAACUAAGGUAGAAUAUGAAACUCUAAGAUAGAGACAUCAAGUGUUAGUAGUUGGAUUCUGAAUUUAAAUUUUGUACACAUUUAUUAGUGAUUUCUGAAUAAAAUUUGAACUAAA